AUGGACACCGAAGAUGGAACCAUCUUCAUAAGGAACCUGGCCUACUUCGUUCGGACGCACGAGAAAGCGCUCGCUAACGCGCUCCAAUUGCACCGACGAGCAUCCAGCCAUGGACAGCCGGCCGUCACCUCUCCUUCUUCGCCCACGGGCCCGGGCAGUCCGCCCUCGACCUCCUCCUCGAGCGUCUGGGCAGCAGCACUGUCUCUGCCCUCACUGACCUUUACAUCUCAAGCGAUCAAGCCCGCGAAGCUCACGCUGACGCCUCACCACCUAUUCUACCUCCUCUCCCGCUUCGAAGAUCUCGGCAUACCCGUUGGGCCCAUGAAUGUGCGCCUGGAGAACAUCCACACAGACGCAUCCCCCACCAACUAUGUCUCGUUUCUCAGCUCCGCGCAGCGAAACAAGCAAAAGUCCUCGGACCGCGACUCGAUACAUUCAGUAUCCAGCGUGCGCAGCGUCAUGUCGGGCAUGUCCUCGCUUUGGUCCUCGCUCCGCAUGGGCUCCAACAGCUCCGCCAAAUUGGAGAGGCAAAAGGUGCAAAUCCAAGAAGACCUCAGAUACCUGUACUCUGCAUUCACCAAAAUACCGUGCUUGCGGCUUGCACCCGAUCACAAAGCACGCCUAAUCGCCGGCUAUGAAGAAUUCCCGUUCGAUACUGCAGUGCCCUUGUUCGCAUUCAAGAAUGUCACAGCGCUCGAGAUUUACGAUAUGGACUUUCGUCAGUUCUACGGCUGGGACAGGAUGGCCGAGAACCUGCGCAGCUUGACCGUCAAGCGAGCCGGCGUCGACGACCCAGCUGACAUUCUCAUCAACAUUGUUCUUGACGACAUUGACAAGCGCCGCAGAAGGUCUGCCAAGGCUCCUACAUCGCCGUCAGCUGCCUGGAACACCGCAAGCCCUGGUCCAAAGCAUGCGCAACUAUCUAGAUCUGACUCUCCGCCACUCUCUCCGGCUGGGAAGCAGAGUACGAGCCCAAGGAACACAACGGGUCACCAACGACAACGGAGCACCUCGCCCACCCGGCCGCCCAGCUCCCGCCAUGGCUCAGCUCAUGUCUACGGCAGGAACAGCACACCAAACAUUCGCAGAUCGUCGGGAAGUUCGGGCUCGAGCGUGCGCUCGACUACUCCACGUGGCAGCUCCUCCAAUCUCCUGUCAAUGGGCUGGUUCCCAUCGACGAAAUGGAGAUUCUUGAGGCAUCUCAGUCUGGCCGACAAUGCUCUCACACACAUCACUGCAGCCAGCAUUGCUCCUUUGGCCAACACCCUACAGUCCCUUGACCUUUCGACGAAUCUCUUCACUGAGAUUCCGGACAGUCUAGCUACUCUGACGUCCCUGCGCGCACUGAACCUCUCCAACUGCAUGAUCGAGGGUCUUCAUUCUCUCGGUCGCAAUCCCUUGCCCGCAAUUACUACCCUCAAUCUGCGCUCCAACCGCUUGAACUCACUCGCAGGUGUAGAGCGUCUGCUCUCUCUCGAACGCGUCGACUUCAGAGACAACAAGCUGACCGAUCCGACUGAGCUUGCAAGGCUCACGUGUGUACCUGAUCUCUCUGAGAUCUACGUGUAUCGCAACCCGUUCUGCAAGACCCAUCCGGCGUACCGCGUCACCAUCUUUAACUUGUUCCGGAAGACACCUGGGUACACGGACGAUGUCGUUAUUGACUCUACGGGACCUACUGCCGGCGAGAAAAAACAGCUUAUCGACAGGGCACCAGAAGCGCCAGGUGUCCCCAUAGUCCGUCCGCCACCGGAGGAUGAUGCGCAUAUUGCGCCUUACGUACCGCCGAAGGUAGUCAAGGCUAUCGACAGCCCUAUGGAGGGACCCGAAAUCCUCCAGCGCACCAGCUCAAUGCAUCGCACCAAGAGUGGACGUGAUCCACACGGCUCGCAGCGUAAAAAGAAGGGCCCCAAGCGGAGGAUUGUUGAGCUUUCCCAAACCGAUGCGGUCCAGCGGGUCUCACAGUCAGGCCUUACUAGCCUCUCUUACGACGACGUACCUGCAGGGCAAGCGCCCAGGAUCCUAAAGAAACCGGAAGUUGCACCCGUUGACACCAAUAGCCUUCGCUUUGAGGAGCCCUCGAAGGCACAUGUGUCGGGCGAUCCUUCGAAGAAGCCGAGACAGGAUGACCGGGCUGUCACUGAUGAUACCCACACAAUUCAACAACAAUUACCACCAAUUGAUACCACGACGAUCGGCAAGCCUGGAGAGCCCCAGCAAGACGAGUUCGAUGCAGGCAACGAUCUGUACAAGAAGAAAAUAGAGGCACUUCGACAGGACUUUGGCAACACGUGGCUUAGUGCUCUCGGAGAUGAUAACUGGGACUCCAAAGCCAAGGGAUUGUUUCCGGCGGUCGAACGCUAG